CAGUCGAACACUUCAUAGUGAAGGCGUGAGGCACAAAAUUAAGAUACACGUUAAUAUUCUCUUCAGAGUUAUACACUGUGUAACUUGUGACAUUUGAAUACAGUAGUAGUUUGAGUAGGACAUUGCAUGAGUUUAUCAAGGAAGUACAGUGGCGAAUAGCUAGCUUGUUAAAACAAUGAGUAAAAUCCUUCCUUAUGUAUUAACUUUUACCUUAUGAAUGGCAAAGUUAUAACCGCUGAUAGGGUUGUCAAAUAAGGGUCUUUUAUGAUGAAGCACGCGGUAAUAGCGGCAUGGCGUGUGCUGGUGGCAGGACCCGGUCAAUUGUGUCAUUUAUCGGGGUUCAGCUGCAGACAAUUUAUGACGGAGGACGGAACCGAAUUUGGUGAACACAAAAGUCUCACGAAGGAGGCGUCUCUGUACAUUCACUGGCCUUACUGCCUCAAACGAUGCUCCUACUGCAACUUCAACAAGUACAUCCCCAAAGGUGACAAUAACCACAUAGUGAGCCAAUGUCUUCAGCAGGAAGUAGAGUCGCUGCUGCAGCUCAGUCAGGUGUCCUGCGUCACCUCUGUCUUUUUUGGCGGCGGUACUCCGAGCCUGGCGCACCCAGCCACUGUUUCAGCCAUCUUGGAAGCGGUUUCCAGGCGGACCAGUCUGGCUGACCAGGCUGAGGUCUCACUUGAAGUAAAUCCCACUUCUGAGGGGAUGGCAAAAUUGAAGGAUUUUAGCCAUGCUGGGGUUAACCGUUUCUCGAUAGGGGUCCAGUCUCUUCUGGAUGAUGACUUAACCAGGCUGGGCCGCGAUCACAGCGCUCACCAGGCCCUACAAACCGUCGAGGAAGCUCGCAAAUUGUGCCCUGGGAAGGUGUCUGUGGACAUCAUGUUUGGGCGGCCAGGGCAAAGCGCAGUGCUGUGGGAGGCGGAGCUGGCGGAACUGUUGCGAGCCUGUGAUGACCAUGUGUCUCUUUACCAGCUAACACCCGAACGUGGCACCUUGCUGUUUAAACAGAUACAUAGCGGCGAGGUGACACUGCCCGGCGACCACGAUAUGGCCGAGAUGUAUGAAAAUGCUAGAAGGAUGCUGCACCAGCAUGGGUUUGAGCAGUAUGAAGUGUCGAACUUUGCCAGAAAUAGUGCAGUGAGCUAUCACAACAUGAGCUACUGGAAAGGAAGACAGUACAUAGGUGUUGGUCCAGGAGCGCACGGGCGCUUCGUUCCUCUCGGUGAAGGAGGUACACAUCGUGAGGCCCGCACACAGACACUGGAGCCCGAUGUGUGGAUCCGUGAGGUCCGGCAAUACGGACACGGUACUCGCAGGAAGAUUCAGCUAGGCCGUCUAGAACUAUUGGAGGAGGUGUUGGUGAUGGGGCUGAGGAUGGCAGAAGGCAUCACUCACAAGCACUGGCAGCUGUUCAGUCCACAGCUGGGACUCAGUGACAUCUUCGGUUUAUCUACUGACGUCCGAGAAUUCCUCCGCCAUGGCCAGCUGACCCUUGAUGACGGAGGACUGUGUUGCUCCCGGGACGGUCUGGCAUUAUUGGACGGCAUGCUGCCAGAUCUGCUGCUAGAACUGGAAAGAAAAAUCCGUCCGAGAGUUCCAAGAGGGCCACCUGCCAAUUCAUGAUGGAGGAGCUGGUAUUUCCUGUACAUCCUGCUCCGCCGAGACCUUGCCAGACUUCCUCCGUAACGUUUCCUCCACAUCUCACAACCGGCAUUAGCAGCCUCGCUACUCACGCGGCUAGUCGAGAUUACUAAAGCCCAAAGCCAAUAAUGGUGAAGUCCUGUAUAAUGCAUAAGGAUGGGACUUCAGACAAUAUGCCAUUAGUGCUGAUGAAUAAGUAAAGAGCCCAGACUUUCUGCUACGAAGGAAAUGCGGCUCUCAGUUGAAACGCCGGCGGGACACAUACCUUGUAUAACAUGUUGUAUGUUUAAAUCUGUGCUGUAGGUCCGCUACAAGCAACUAUUUUGAUAGUCUGUUAAUCACUGAUUAUUUUUGCCAUAAGUCAACUCGCAUUAGAUUUUAGCUGGAAAUGUGCAUUGGAACCAAAAACUAAGCAUGUGCUGAGAGAAGUUGCACUAUGUAUUAUUAUGCAACUAUGUUUUUUCCCCAAAGAAAAAGAUGUAAAUAUCUCAUUUUGCUUUACGACACUGAUAAUCAUCUGCUUUCAUCACAGACUACAGAAAUCAGAGAA